ACAUCCCCAUAGGACUUCUCAAAUAAAAAUAUUGAUGUAACCGUUUAGUACAACUUCAUUUACUUUCGAUCAAGAAUAGUAACUCCAGGUAACUAAAAGUUGGUACUUUGUAAAAUUCACAGCAGUAUGGAAUAAAAUAUUUCGUCUCAUGGGGCAAUACCAAAAAGAAAGAAAACAAAAAGAAACACAGAUACCUAUCUGACAGCUCGAUAGGAAAGACUGGCACACGCUAGCACUGUCUGGUUCCCUCUCAGUGUGUAACUGGUGUCUCCGCUGCCACCAAUAAAAGCUCCUCUUGUCUGACCCAGGGACCAAUAAUGUGGGUUUUUGGAUAUGGUUCCCUUACUUGGAAGGUGGAUUUUCCUUACCAGCAGCGGGUAGUUGGAUACAUCAAAGGCUAUGCUCGCAGGUUCUGGCAGGCAAGCAUUGACCACCGUGGAGUUCCAGGAAAGCCAGGAAGAGUUGUCACUUUGGUACCAUCUGAGGACCCUGAGGAAAAAGUCUGGGGAGCUGCCUAUGAAAUCUCACCUGACAAAGAGAGUGAUGUGAUGGAACGCUUAAACAUAAGAGAGCAACGCUUUACCAAUAGAAAAAGCCUAACUUUGUACUCUCCCAGUGAUCAGAUGUUAUCAGAAAGUGUGUUGGUGUUUCUGGGGAGUAAACAGAGUGAAUUCCUAUUGGAAGAUGCCCCAAUCCUUAGCAUGGCAAAGCAGAUAGCUGACAGUCACGGUCCUUCAGGUGCAAAUUCAGAAUACCUAUUUCGUCUGGCAAAUUUCAUGCGGGAGGAGGUACCAGAAGCCAGAGAUGAUCACCUGUUCCAGUUGGAGGAGGCAGUAAAAAAGAUUUUAGCUGAAAAGAUAAUGUAAUCACAAACUGAGAAUGAUUGAAACAUUUUAGAUCUAUACAAAACAUACAUCAGGCAGGAUAUCUUGGCAUUUGGGAUUGAUGUAUAAAGUGAUAUUUGUGCAGGUUCAGUACAAAUGAAAUGCUCCUUAUAUGAAAAUGUAUCUUCAUACUUCUUCCUGGAAUGUAUUUUAUCUCUAUAUAUUUGCUUGGAAGGACAAUGAUUAGAGUGUACAUAUAUAUAUAUUGUAGUAAUUAUUUUGUUUAAUUAUUCCAGUAAAAACUCUUGGCACUAGCAUUAUUAACAGUGAUAAAGUUCUUGAUAAUUGUUUCAGUCUGAGAUUAAAAUUUGUUAUUGAUAUUCACAUCAAGAAUGUUUAAUUGAUAUUGCUGUAUAAAUUUACUCUGUAAGUUUCAGGGAUAAAAUAUUUUUGUAGUUUAUAUAUUUUUUAGGAUUGAUCUGUUAUAAGGAUGUUACAGGACAUGAAUUAUUGUAUGUGCAACUUUUUAAAAAUUGACAAAAAAUAGGUACUACAGUGAAUGAAAUAUGAUUUUUUCUCUAUAUUAAAAGCCUUAUUGUUGUCUUGUAGUUUUAUCAUAAAAUAUGAGGCUUGUAUUUUACAACAGAUUCUUUAUAUACUUCUCUAUUCAUAUGAAGAUUUGUUUUAUAUUUUGUGGUAGAAUUAUUUUUUUUGUUUAUAGAUAAAUAUGGUGAAACUUUGAAUUCACUUUUGAUAUUUUCAAAAUCAAAGAGCUAAAUCUCCUGAGUUAUGUAAAGAUUAAUUGGAAAAAGUCAGGACUUACAAGAAAAAUCUAAGCCUCACAGUCCUAAUUGAAAUCCUUAACAUUCCUUCAAUGUGUAGGAAAAGGUUUGGGGUGUAGCUUAUAAGAUCAGCGAAGAAAAGCAGGAGGAAGUGAUGGCCCAUCUGGACCACAGGGAAAAGGAUGGAUACCAGCGCACACCAGUCACCUUCUUCCCUCAGGAGGCUGCGUUGAAACCCUGGGAACUUAUUAUAUAUUUAGGUUCAGAAACAAACCCCUUUUAUACAGGCCCAACAAAAGAAGAUGAGAUUGCCCAGAUUAUAGCAUCAGCUGCCGGACCGAGUGGUUCAAAUAAGGAGUAUCUUUUCCAGCUAGCUCAGACUAUGAGGUCACUGAAUAUAAAUGACAAUCACUUAUAUAGCAUAGAAAAUAAAGUGAAAAGUAUCACAGAAAAUAGCAGUCAAAAGACUUAAAGGUUGUAGAAUGUGGAACUUCAUACUUGAAAGAGAGUAAAGUAUAACAAAGGAUUGGAUGCUUUUAUGGAAUUGUUAUUUCUGUAACUUGCAUUUACAACUAAUUUUCUUUAUGGAAAAAGGAUUGGAUUCUGUUAUGGAAUUGUGUUUUUUUUGUAACUUGCAUUUACAACUAAUUUUCUUUAUGGAGAAAUCAGUAGAUAUUAGGAGACAAGGAGGGAAAAGGAAUGCAUUUUGACCUCUAUGUUUAAUUUUGUUUAAAUGAGUUACAGUUAAGGAUAAGGACAUAUAAUCUGAAGUGAUUAUGUUCAGUAAAUGCAAAUGAAUGUGAUAACUUCAUUGUGACGUGUGGGGUUUAUUCAUUGUUAUUAAUGUUUCGUGAUUUAUGUUAUAUUUCAAGAAUGAGGGAUUUUAAUAGACAAAAAUAAACUUGGGAAAGUAAAAUCAGUUCCAAAUAUUUCAUUUCUUGCUUAAAACUGUGAUACAUCACAAAAAUGGAAAUUGUGACAUGAGUGUAAAAUAUUAUUAUUCAUUAUUAUUAUUCUCAGUUACCUUGUGAUCAUCAUAAACCAAAUACUAUAUUCUUUUUAUAUUUUGUAAAUGAUGCAAACUUCUAAUUUAUCCAGUUCCCAAGUUUUAAGACUAUUUAAAAAAUGUGCUUUGUAGAAGGACUGUGAGUUUGAUGAUCAUAUAUACUGGAACAGAUUUUGUCAAUGAAGAUAAAGUUUCUAGAAGGCAUUAUGGACUUGACUUUCAUGAAUAUUUGUUUUAAGGUUAAUAGUGAGAAUUAAAAUUUUUGUGGUCUUUUAAAGUCCACAAGAGUCAGUUGAGGCCACCUUUUACAAUCUAGUUUUGCAGGUAUUACUGCACAUCAAAUACCAGACCAGAAAGUACAGUAUCUCUUGAUGAGAUCUCCCUAUGAACUAUUCCUUAGCAAGUGCUGGUGCUGAAAUUCCUCCUAGGUGCACUUUUUUAUUUAUUUGUGCAAGUGCUCUAAUAUCAGGAUGAUGAUGACAUUAUGUGCACGCUAUUGAAUGACUUUCCAGAUUGUAGUAAAUAAAGAAGUAAUGUUCACUAUAAAGA